UAGUUGCUUUGUAGGUACUGAAACUCGCGCAAAAAGGGGUGUGCGGCUGUGUUGAGAGCUUUUAGAGGCGAGUAACCCUAGAGACAGUUUUGCAACAACUCUAUGAUCCAGCUGGCUCAUUCAGAGAAUUAGUGUGCUUGGUCAUUUUUUAUCUCGUUUGGUAAAUUUGUCCCCUUUUCUGACGUCUUUUCUCAUCAAACAACAAUGAGGCUGGCUGCCCUGUCUGGUGUUGCUUUCCUGCUGUGUAUCUCUCCGGUGGCCUGCCGCUGUCCCGCCACAUGCCGCUGCACCCCCGGUGGCCUGCCUCCUUGCCCUCCCGGGGUCAGCAUGAUGAUGGACGACUGCGGUUGCUGCCGAGUGUGCGCCCGGCAGCUCAACGAGGACUGCGGCAAGCUCUGGCCCUGCGACCCACACAAGGGCCUGGAGUGCAAUUUUGGGGCCGACCCCUCGGCUCAUCGAGGCAUCUGUUCGGCAAAGCAAGAAGGUCGGACAUGCGAAUACAAUGGCCGUAUCUACCAGAACGGGGAAAAUUUUCAACCCAGCUGCAAACACCAGUGCACUUGCAUUGAUGGGGCUGUGGGUUGCCAGCCACUCUGCCCACUAGAGCUGCCCCUGGCCUCACUCGGCUGCCCCAGUCCCCAGCUCUUGAAGGUACCUGGUCAGUGCUGCAAGAAGUUUGUGUGCAACAAAGGACCCAAGAAGUAUGGAGGGGUCACCUUUGAGUACCAUGGAGAGGCUAGUGACAAUGAGGUCAUCUACGUGGGCAAAGGUGGACACUGGAAAAACCUACCAGUGUGGAGACCGUCCUUCCAAAGUCCUGUGACAAAACAGCAGCACAAAUGCUUGGCUCAGACCACAGACUGGUCGCCAUGCUCCAAGAGCUGCGGUUUUGGCAUCUCCGCCCGUGUCACUAGUGACAACCCCCAAUGCAAACUGAUCAAAGAGGCCCGGCUGUGUCAGAUCAGGCCCUGUGGGAAACCUGAUUUUUCCAAACUAAAGAAGGGCAAGAAGUGCCUGAGGAUGCACAAAGUGCAGGAGCCUGUGAGGUUCAGCUAUACUGGCUGCAAGAGCCCACGCCGUUACCAGCCCAGUUACUGCGGGGCCUGCUUGGAUGGGCGUUGCUGUGUGCCUUUGCGCACUCGCACACUGAGUGUGCCCUUCCAUUGCUCUGAUGGGAGCUCCUUCUUCAAGAACGUUAUGAUGAUCCACACUUGCCAGUGUGGCCUGGCUCACUGCCCACUGCUCAGUGAACCGGCUAUGGGCCCCCAGUACCAGCUCAGUGGGGACAUUCACAAGUUCCUGGAGUGAUGGAGCCUGCUAUCCUCGCGUGCUAGUGGCUUGUCAGCUGAGCUGAUCUCUCAAAGGACUUUAGAUCACCCUGAUGGGCUUGACGUUGGGAGACAAGCCAUUCUAAGCCUGCCUUGCUUCUGUGAAUGCAAGUGUGCCUAAAAUUUGGAAGGCAAUCUGGAUUUUGGAGGUGCACUAAUACCUCAGCAUUGGGGAGUAAUAUAUUGUGCUGUGCUGGGAGUCUAGAUAUACAGCUCAUGGCACUGGGUUCUAUUUCUCUAUCUAGUGCAGCCAGACUCAGGCUGGAACUGGGCCUUAGGCAACUAAUGAAGGAGUCUAACAAAGCAAUCUCCUCAUCGCUAUCACCUUUAGGGCUUCAGAUUCCUAAAGGAAGUAGGACACACAGCUCCUGUGCACUAGGGGUAGCUGUAAGACCUCCGGGUUGGGUUGCCAAAUCCCAUGAUGGCCAGCUCUGAUAUCCGUAAGUUCCUAUGGUUGGAAAGAGCAAAGGAGAGCACAAGGCAGAUACAACCAAACUGGAAUUUGGGGUGGGGGUGUCAGGUCUGCCCUAGGGGCCUGGAUAGGACCUACAGUUCUGUUUAGGCUGGGAUUUGGCCAUGCAGCCUCAAGACAGUCCCAUGUAAACUGAAGAGAUUAGGUACCGAGUGAAGACUAAUGGUCAGUAGUAAUAGAUGGCGGUGGGAGGGGAGGGAGGAAGUGGUGCUCACCUGGCCUCCUGACAGCUGAGUCCCUGCUGCUUACUGAGAGAGGGAGGGACAAGGCAGUGGGGAGGUUGCUGUAAUGCAAACAAGCCAGGAGAGAUAAUCAAACCUUCUUCCUGGGGUAUUUGCAUUGCACCAGCCUCCCCACCCUCUUGCCCCUCCCCUUCCUGGUAAGCAGCAGCAGUAACUCAGCUGUCAGGAAGUUGGGUGAGCACCAGCACCCACCAUGCCGUCCAAUGGUUUUGUUUUUGCCUUGCAGAUUAUCUGAGGAAAUGGCCAAACAAAGACUGUAACCUGCUUCCCCUUAACUGUCUGCACUUUGCAUCUUUGCUUCUCUUUCUUCCUUCUCUGCCUCAGUUUGAAACGUUCCUUCCCACUCUGUCCCCCUUUGAAUCAAAGGGGUGCCUUUUGCCUCCUGCUCACAGCACACCCUAGAGGUGACAUGUUUCUGGGAGAGAGAGAGAGACCUAUAUCAGAUGUGGAAAGGGAAACCUGCCUAAUGUUUGUUCAUGACACUCUGCUUCUUUCUCCACUUUGUGCUUCAGCUGCUUCCCAGCCCAUGCUACUCAGCAUUGCCAAACGGUUCUUUAAAAUUGGGUAAGUUUUAAAAAUGGAGGGAAAAUCAGAGUAAAUGCACACAUUGUGGACUGAUGACAGUGACAAAAAAAGUUUUGAGAGUUGAAGGGGGGUUGAAAAAGAUAUUUUUACUCGUGAUGUAAAAGUCAUCCCACUUUGGCCUCUGAUAAACAGGUUUAGAAAGUUUUCUGAGUUAUUUCAAAAACCUGCAAACCCUGUUUCUCCAGAGGUAGGCUCACUAAUGGAAGCAAUGCCUUUCUCCAGCCACAUUCAGCCCCCUUUAAAAUUAGCAUCUGCCUCCAGUCUCACACAUAUUAAUUGUGAUGACAGUAAUUUGCAAAAGGCAAUCUCUGUUUGGGUGAGACCCUCCUCUCCAGCAAAUUCUCCCACUGUGGCUAAGCCAAAGAGCACCCUUCCCUGGAAUUAUUAAAGCACUUUAAAUAAUAAUAAUAAUAAUAAUCCUGUUCCCUAUAUGUUUCUGGUGAGCAGCAAAAGGGAUUACCAAAAGAAUAGGGCACAACAGUAGAAAGGAUAUGAAGCUGUUAGUCAUUCUUAUGUUCUUGGGAAAACCUGCUGCCCUGAGCUUCUACUCGGAGGAAGGGUGGGAUAUAAAUCUAAUAAAUAAAUAAUAAACCCAUGUUUAUGAGUACAGCAAAGUAGGCUUUGCUACAAAGAAGGAGAUUUUUAUGUUUAGUCCUGUUUUGACAUAAAGAAAAGCUUCAACGCUGGUUUGGAGUGAUGGCUAUUUAGCUUCAUAAUGAAGCCUUCUGUGCUUUGCACCUUGUAAGCAGAGCUUUGAUUCCACUUUCUGCCUCUUGGAUCUUAGUGUUGCUAGAGUGAAUAGUGAAGUGUUUGUCACUUCAUUCUGGUGUUUGUGUCUCUUUCCGUCUUUGUGGAGGCUUUGGUGUAGGAAAAUUGAGAUGCUGGCCUUCCAAAAGGGCUUGAUUGUCUGAGACAGAUGGUGUGAUUGGUAUGGGACAGGGUCUUGCGAACCUCCAUUACUUUUGGUUCAUAGAAUCAUCAUUCUUGAACCCCUUUCUUUCAAAUGUAGCAGAGAAUAGGAUUGGCAAAACCAGCAGGACCUGAUCUUAGUUGGAAAGCUCUUGUUAUUUUCAAAAUGUAUUCUUAUUCUUAUUAGGCUCUCAGUGAUGAUUUUAAGGCUAAAAUCCUAUGCACAUGUUCUUGAGAGUUGUACCCAGUGAACUCACUGGGACUUGCUUCUGGUUAAACAUGCAUAGGGUUUCAUGAGAUCCUAAUAACCACGUUUGUACAAUCCUUAUUAUUAGCAGCCAACAUUUUUUUUUGUUAAGAACCAUUUGUGCUAAACUCCUUAAUUCUUUGUGCAGGUCAACUAGUUUGCUAGAUUAGGGGAAUGUAGUAGGUUUAAUAUAGUUCACCUUCAGCAUUGCUUGUAACAUUCUCGAUCCACUGCUCUUCCACGUUUUCAUCAGGGACUUCGAUGGAGCAAUUGAGAGUGUGCAUACACACCAUCAGAGAGGAUUUCAAAUACUAUAGGGAAUCAAGGUAAUUCACCAUAAGUCAAUUUAAAUGGGAAUAAAAUAAAAUUUCAUCAAAGGCAAAUGUUAAAUGUUAUUCACUCAAAUAGCCCUACAAGGAUAUAAAUACAAAACCUGAUGAAAAUCACCACCAUAUGAUACUGCUUGAAGAUCUCGGGAUUCUAGUAGGUCCCAAAAUGAAUGGGUUGGCAUUACAUCUCUGUUGUACGGGAUGGGGGGGUGGAAGAAAAAAAUGCCAUUAAGGUUCAUGUUAACAGAAAUAUGUUAAGGUACAGAUGGUACUUACUUUGUUCAGCACCAGUUAAACCUCAUUUUUAAGGAUACAAAUGAACACCAAAAGCUGCCAUACAUGGGAUCAGACCAUCUAGCUUAGUAUUAUCUAUGCUGACUGGCAAGGGCACUCUAGGGUUUCAGACAGGGGUCUCUCCCAGCCCUAUCUGGAGGCACUGGGAAUUGAACCUGGAACCUUCUGCAUGCAAAUUGUCCCCCCCCCAAACACCAUAAGAGUUAUGGCCUCAACCCAUAAUACAAAAGAAUUCACAUGAGAGCAUCAAAACAAAUUAUGGAGUGGCACUACAUCAGAGGUGUUGUGGGAAAUUUAAAAUGGCGGGCCCAUGCCACCUGAUACAUAAGAACAUAAGAAGAGCCUGCUGGAUCAGGCCAGUGGCCCAUCUAGUCCAGCAUCCUGUUCUCACAGUGGCCAACCAGGUGCCUGGGGGAAGCCCGCAAGCAGGACCCGAGUGCAAGAACACUCUCCCCUCCUGAGGCUUCCGGCAACUGGUUUUCAGAAGCAUGCUGCCUCUGACUAGGGUGGCACAGCACAGCCAUCACAGCUAGUAGCCAUUGAUAGCCCUGUCCUCCAUGAAUUUGUCUAAUCUUCUUUUAAAGCCGUCCAAGCUGGUGGCCAUUACUGCAUCUUGUGGGAGCAAAUUCCAUAGUUUAACUAUGCGCUGAGUAAAGAAGUACUUCCUUUUGUCUGUCCUGAAUCUUCCAACAUUCAGCUUCUUUGAAUGUCCAUGAGUUCUAGUAUUAUGAGAGAGGGAGAAAAACUUUUCUCUAUCCACUUUCUCAAUGCCAUGCAUAAUUUUAUACACUUCUAUCAUGUCUCCUCUGACCCGUCUUUUCUCUAAACUAAAAAGCCCCAAAUGCUGCAACCUUUCCUCGUAAGGGAGUCGCUCCAUCCCCUUGAUCAUUCUGGUUGCCCUCUUCUGAACCUUUUCCAACUCUAGAAUAUCCUUUUUGAGAUGAGGCGACCAGAACUGUACACAGUAUUCCAAAUGCGGCCGCACCAUAGAUUUAUACAACGGCAUUAUGAUAUCGGCUGUUUUAUACUGAUAGCAAUGCUGCUUUAAUCUGGAUUGUUGCACUGAGCAAGGGGUUGGACUCGAUGGCCUUAUAGGCCCCUUCCAACUCUAUGAUUCUACGAGAGCAGGACAUGAAAAAAAUUCUCCAAAAAUGGCCUUGGUGAUAGUAGGCCAUCAGAAAAAGAUGGUAUUCUAAAUAUCUAAUGGGUCAACAAAGGUUUAAUCCUGACAAGAGCCACUCCAGGUUUGAGGGAGACCCUUGGCAAGGUGCACUCUGAUGGGCCCUUCUUACAUCAGUGGGAUGUGCUGUGUUUACCUGGCGGCGGCGGCGGCAGCAGCAGCAGCAGCAGCAGCAGCAGCAGCAGCAGCAGCAGCAGCAUUGCUAUCAGUAUCAGGUGGCACGCAAUGCCCCUGAUGUAGUGCCACUCCAGGGUAUUGUGGGGAAUUUUAAAUGGUGGGUUCAAGCCACUUAGUAUGGCAGCAGAGGCAAGGGCAGGUGUCAAUGCAGCAGAGGGCCCCGGCAGUGUGCUGAAGCCCCAGGAGCUACCCAAAAUUUGUCAUGUGCUAGUGCCAGGCCUGGAACUAUUUAGAUACCAUAUUAGGGAAAAUAUCCUGACAGAGGACAUUCAGGGGAUAACAACGAACCUCUUCUCCUGAGAUUUUGGAGAUGAACACCUGCUAAGACAGAAGCUUGUAAUGUGACAGAAAUUAAGACCAGAAAGAGAUUCUAAAAGCAUUUUCAUUUAUUUUGUUCAUCUCAUGAUUUUAGGUUCCUAAGGAUAUGCUCGUGUAAAGAGGCUUUCCAAUCUUGUUUGGAAAGAGUAACUGUUCAAACAGUAAGGUUCAAGAUCUGAAAGCACACUUACCUUGGGUCACAUCACCUGUAGGCCAGGAGAGAUCUUAUAGUGGUGUGACUUUAUUGCCAUCUAGAGGCCAUCUUCUUUGUGGAAAGUUGGGUUGGCUACCUGAACCAUGCAUGGAAUGUGGCUGUUAGAAUCAGAGAUCAAAACCUUAUGCUUUUAGACCAGCUUGUAAUAACAGAGGGGCGUAUGGCAAUAUAUUUGCUCUGUCUCCUUAAACAAUGAUAAUCCAGUUCUAGUUCUCUAGAAUUAUUAUGCCCUUGACUCUUCCCUUCCCAAAAAUUGUAACUCUUGUGUUAUGAAUUUUCAAUUUUAAAAUGUUUUAUUUUAAAUGUUUAAAAAGAGGGUAUCUGAUGGGGCCAGAACCAGCAACUAGAUACCUAAAAGACAGAAUGUAAGUACUUUAAAUAAAACAAAUAAUGCUGCACAGUAUCCACUGGGGAUGUGGUGUGUGUAUCUUUAAGCACAACAGCACAUGUGCACCUUUCUGGUGCAUGCAGACAUUUCUGGUUCAGGCCCUGGCACCUGGUUAGACAUGGGAUGGUGAGUAAAGAAUUAACCAGACAUAAUAGCCAUGUGUGACUAAUGGCUUGGUUCUUAUCCAUUAUUAUUAUUUUAUGUUACAGCUGCUUUCAUUGUACAAAGUGCUUUACAGUUCUUUUCUUCUUUCUCACAAUUCAGCAAAGAAUUGGUGGGCUUUAUUUUAAAGAGAUCUAUGUAUUAAAAUGAAAAGUUCUUGUUUUAUAUUUUGCAGAUAUAUAUGGAAAUCUUUGUUUGGUUUUUAUAAAAUUAAACAAUUAUUACAUAGACAAUUCUGAUCCAGGCUCUUUUGGGGAGUGAAUGAAGAGGCUUCAGGGUGAUGAGGAAUGAGUGUGGUUGAUGGUGAUGAAGAAUGGAAGGAACCCUGAAUAUCUCUUCUACAUAGAAAUAGCCACAGGCUUACAUAUAUGAGGCUCAAGAUUUAGAGAUUUCUAGGUGGGGUUUUUUGCCUCUGCCUUGAGGAUUACUACAGAAAAUAGUCCAUCAUCAUAGGACAUCUUGGUGGGUCCCCUCCAAAAGAGGCUUCUCACCAUUGAGCAGGUGUGCAGGUAAGUCUGAUUAUGGACUCAAAUUGGGAUUUGUUCAGUUCCAGACUCAGGAGCAGGAGAAGUUAGAUCAAGCACUCUGGAUAAGUUUCAGGUGUGGAUUAUUAUUAUUAUUAUUAUUAUUUAUUACAUUUGUAUACCACCCCAUAGCUGAAGCUCUCUGGGCGGUUUACAACAAUUAAAAACAUUAAAAACAAAUACACAAAUUUAAAAACACUUUAAAAAAAAAACAAUUUAAAAACACAUGCUAAAAUGCCUGGGAGAAGAGGAAAGUCUUGACCUGGCGCUGAA